AAAGCUAAAAUCUGCGAACUGCCGCCUUCACCAGGGGGAUGUGGUGCCCAGUUCAAUAGAUGGUAUUAUAACGUUCACACCAAGGAAUGUUCACCACUGACAUAUAGUGGUUGUGAAGGAAAUCUUAAUAAUUUUCACACCAAAAAGAAGUGUGAAAAGACAUGC